UUCGUCGCCGGGCGUCUCUGCUAGGGGCGCACCCUUCGCCCUUGGAGGAGGCUGCCUCCAGCGUCCCGGAAACCGUGGUGGAGGGAGGCGGAGGCUGGCUGCCUGCCGGCCGGUGCUGCCUUCCCUUGGGUGGCUUCGCUCGCCCCAGCCCACAGCUGCCGCUUUGGGACGAGGAGCUGUGGACGGAAAGUAGGCGCUCUGUGUGCGCGACACGGCUGCGGAGCGCUGCGCUUUGGCUCCACCACUACCUACCGAGCCGCUGCCUGGCAGCUGCGGCUCCAAGUUCCGGGGAUGCGGCUGGAAAGGAGCCAAGCGUGGGCCCCACCCUCCGGGAGCUUUCAGUUUGGUGGGAAAGUCACAUAGUCAUCAAACGUGAUCGAUUGACGCCACCUGCCUGCAGCCCAGUAGCUGUGGCCUGUUGCUUUCCGGUUCAAGACCAACUCCUUAACGUGUGCACAGGUCCCUGCAUGGCUCCCAUCUUCUACAACGCCCCUGCCCUUCACCGAGAGGGAGCCAAGGUGAUGGCAGCCAUGCCCCUGAAUGCCUGGCACCAGGAGUUGGUGACCUUUAAGGAUGUGGCUGUCUACUUCACCCGGACAGAAUGGGCUGGUCUUUCUCCCACACAGCAGGCCCUAUACAGAAGCGUGAUGCUGGAGAAUUAUGGGAACUUGACAUCCCUGGGAUACCCAGUGCCCAAACCUGCCCUGAUCUCACUUCUGGAGGGAGAGAAUUUGCCUUGGGGCUUGGAGGCACAGGAGAAUCCAUCUGCAGAGGGGACCAAAGACAUCUGUAAAGAUACUGAGACCAGCGUUGGCAAUGAGUCCACAUCAACACAGGGAAUUUCUGAAGAAAGAGAUAUGAUAUUGUCACAUGGGUUGCGGAAGAGUGCUGUUCAGGGAGCCAACUUUCUAGAAGCCUGUGAACUGGAAAAGCACCAGGAAAUCCCCACAGUGAAAAAUAUUAAAGGAAAGGUUCCGAGAAUGCACUGUGCAAGGAAACCCUUCAGCUGUGAGGAGUGUGGGAAAUGCUUCAGUUAUUUUUCAUAUUAUGUGCGACACCAGAGAAUCCACACUGGGGAGAAACCCUUUGAGUGUAAUGAGUGUGGAAAAGCCUUUAAUGGCAAUUCUUCAUUAAUUCGGCACCAGAGAAUCCACACUGGAGAGAAACCCUAUCAGUGUGAAGAGUGUGGGCGAGCCUUUAAUGAUAACGCCAAUCUGAUCAGGCAUCAGAGAAUCCACAGUGGGGACCGGCCCGAUCUCUGUGGAGAGUGUGCAAACAGUUUUACCAGCAGUUCCGAGUUUGUUAUACAUCAAAGAAUCCACACUGGGGAGAGACCUUAUGAGUGUAAUGAGUGUGGAAAAGCUUUUGUUGGUAAUUCACCACUACUUCGACAUCAGAAAAUCCACACCGGAGAAAAACCCUAUGAAUGUAAUGAGUGCGGCCAGAGCUUUGGAAGGACGUCCCCUCUUAGCCAACAUCCGCGUAUGCACACGGGAGAAAAGCCUUAUUCUUGUAAAAUUUGUGGGCAGGCCUUCAGUUUUCAUACAAAAUUAACUCGGCACCAGAGAGUUCACAGUGAAGAGAAACCCUUUGACUGUGUAGAUUGUGGAAAAGCCUUUAGUGCUCAGGAACAAUUAAAAAGGCAUCUGAGGAUCCAUAUUCAGCAGGCCUCCUAUUUGUGUGAUGCGUGUGGAAAAGUCUUCACUGGCAAAAGAAAUCUUCUUCAGCAUCAAAGAAGCCAUACUGCAGAGAAAGCCUAUAAGUGUGUCAAGUACGGAAAAACCUUUAGGUCUUCUUCCAAGCGAGGUCAUCAUGAGCGUGUCCACCCUGGAGAUAAACCUGUCCUGGACAUUUGUCAUUUUGGCCUCCCAGAGUUUUUCACCCCGUUUUACUGGUAGUAGAUUACUGAAUUUGCCUUUGGCUUUUUGUCUUCCACUCAGGAGCAGGAUGUGUGACACAGGCCCGGCCCAGCUGCACAUUCCUUCCCCUUGGCUGUGGCUGGUGGUUCAGAUGUCAGUAGUUUACCCAGCGUGGUCCAGUCACAGUUGCAGGACUUGGCAGGAGUUACUAGGAAGAAAUACUCUCCUUUUACCCCCUUAGUCUUAAAGCUGAGAGGAGCUCUUGGACAUUUGUGUACAGAUUUUUGUAUGAAAGUUUUCGUUUGUCCUGAAUAAAUGCCCAGAAGUGCUGGGUCAUGUGAUAAUUGCAUGUUUGGUAUCCGAAAAAACUAUUUUCCAGUGGGACCGCACCAUUUUGUUUUACAUUUCCAUCAGUAACAUAUGAGUGAUCCAAUUGCCAGCAUUUGGUGUUGUCACUAUUGUUUUGUUUCAGUCAUUCUGAUAGGUAUUUAUGUUUUUUUUUUUUUUUUUAAAGAUUUUAUUUAUUUAUUUGACAGAGAGAGAUUACAUGUAGGCAGAGAGGCAGGCAGAGAGAGAGAGGAGGAAGCAGGCUCCCCGCUGAGCAGAGAGCCCGAUGUGGGACUCGAUCCCAGAACUCUGGGAUCAUGACCUGAGCUGAAGGCAGCGGCCUAAACCACUGAGCCACCCAGGCGCCCCUGAUAGGUAUUUAUGUUAAUGAUAUUGUGGUUUAAUUGCAUUUCCCUAAUGGCUAAUGAUGUUGAACAUCUUUUGUUAUCCGUGUAUCUUCUUCAGUGAAGUGUUUCUUCACAUAUUUUGCCCAUUUUCCGAUUGGUUGUUCUUUUACUGUUGAGUUGUUUUUUUUUUUUUAAGAUUUUAUUUAUUUACUUGCCAGAGAUCACAAGCAGGCAGAGAGAGAGAAGGGAAGCAAGCUCCCUGCUGAGCAGAAAGCCCCAUGCAGGGCUUGAUCCCAGGACCCUGAGAUCAUGACCUAAGCCGAAGGCAGAGGCUUAACCCACUGAGCUAUCCAGGCACCCCUGCUGUUGAGUUUUGUGAAUUCUUUAUAUAUUUCAGAAGUACAGCAAUAAGUAUGGGCUAGCACUUGUUGGAUAUGUGGCUUGCACAUAUUUUCUCCUACUCCGUAGCUAGUCUUUUCAUCCUUUUAACAGGAUCUUUUGUAGAGAACAUUUUUAAAAUUUUGAUGAAGUCUAAUAUAUCCAUUUUUCCUGUUACGACUAAUGCAUUUUGUUUGCCUAGCCCUAAGUCCUAGGACUUAGGAAGGAGAAAGAUUUUCUCUUUCAUUUGUUUCUAAACAUUUUACAUUUAUAUAUUUAUAGUUUACUUAAUUUCAUUUUACAUUUAUGGCCGUGAUCAUUUUGGGUUUAUAAGUUGUGAGGUUGAGAUUCAUUUUUUUCCCUAUGAAUGUCCAGUUGCUCCACCAGCACUUUUUGAAAGAGUCAUGAAUUGCUUGCGUACUUUUGUAAGAGAAAUAAGCAUAUUUAUAUGGGUCUAUUUCUAGGUUCUUCAUUCUGUUCCAUUGAUCUAUGUAUAUAUUCCUCUGCCAAUAAUAUACAGUCUUGAUUGUUUAAACCACAUAAUACUACUUGAAAUUGGGUAGACCUAUUACUUUUUUUUUUUUUUAAGAUUUUAUUUAUCUAUUUGACAGAUAGAGAUCACAAGUAGGCAGAGAGGCAGGCAGAGAGAGAGAAGGGGGGAAGCAGGCUCCCCGCUGAGCAGAGAGCCCAAUGCGGGGCUCGAUCCCAGGACCCUGAGAUCACGACCUGAUCCGAAGGCAGAGGCCUUAACCCCUGAGCCACCCAGGCGCCCCGACCUAUUACUUUCAUGCUAUUCUUUUUCAAACUGGUUUGCUUACUCUAGAUUCUUUGCCUUUUCAUAUAAAUUUUAAAUCAGUCUUAUUUAUAUCUUCAAAAAUCUGCUGGAAUUUUAGUAUGAACUGCAUUAAACCUGUAUAUCAAUUUGGGGAACACAUGACAUCUUUCUUAUGCUGAAUCUUCCAAUCCAUGAACCUGGUAUUUAUUCCCAAUAGUUUAGAUCUGAUUUGAUUUCUUUCAUCAGCACUUUGUGGCUUUCACCAUGCACAUCCUUUACAUGUUUUGUUAGUGUUCGUUUAUUUUUAAUUUUCUUUUCUCUGUGUGUUUCUUUCUGGAUAUUUUUUAGUGCUGUGACUUCCAGUUCACUACAUUUUUAAAGUUUUUUUUUCAACAUCUACUCUUAAUUCUGUCCAGUGUAUUUUUUAUUGUACAUUACAGUUUUCAUCUCUGGAAGUUUGAUUUAGGUCAUUUCUAUAAUUUCCAUGUCUCUACUUAAUUUUUGAUUCUGUGGGAUGCAGUUAUAAUAACUUUUAAAUGCCAUUGUCUCCAAAUUCUGUAGUGACUAUUUCAUUAGUUUGCUAGGAUUCAUAUUUAACUUAAUUUCUUAGGUUAUGAGUUCCUAGUUCAAGUAGUUAGUAUUAAUUUUAAACUAUGAUCUCAGUAAUACAGGCUGUGAUUAUAAUUUCUUAGGUGACAUCCCCACUAUCACUCCAAAACUGAGGCAAGGACUAAAACCUCUUUUGUUAUCUCUUUUUAUUAGUGGGAAGUUUUUACUUUUUUCCUAGUUAUUCUUGCAUGGGUCCAGACAUUUGGGUAGAUGUAGGUGUGUGAGAAGCCCCAGUUCCUACUCCUUGUCUCAUGUGGCCUCCUGAAUAUUUUAAUACAGCCUCUGCAGAUAUCAAGAUCUUUAAAUCUCCACUGUUACCAGUCAUGUUGGCCAAAUCAGCCAGGGCAGCUAACCUAUGGUUAGUUUCCUGUUCAGUUUUGGUACCUGGGUAUAUUUUCCUGUGAGCUAAGUAUAAAAUGAUGUUAUAAAUGAUAUCUUAUUCUAAGUUUCUAGAUACUAGUUUAUAUCAUUCAUUAUAUUGCCUUAAAUGGAAUCCUACCUAGUGAUAUUUUUUGCCUCAAAAUCAUUGCUAUAUUAAUAUAGUUAAUGCCGUUAUUCCUUUAGCUUAACACUUGUCUAGUAUAUCCACUCUUUAACAUUCAAUCCUUUUGCGUUUUUAUGUUUUAGUAGUAUCUUAUAAAUAUAUAACAUUUUUUCCAUAGGUGAACCUUAAAAUCAUUUCACAAGUUCCAAAACAAAUCCUGUUGUGUUUUUACUUGGGUAGGGCAAUUUCUCCCACUUUAUUCUUUUUUUUCCCCCAAAAUUAUUUGAAAUUGGACUCAUAGAUUAAAUCAAGAUGAAUGCCAUUUCUUUGAAAAUUUACCUGCACCUUUCCAUAUACAAGUUUCUUUUUAAAAAUUAUUUAUUUAUUUGUCAGAGAGAGAGCAAGCAUAGGCAGACAGAAUGGCAGGCAGAGGCAGAGGGAGAAGCAGGCUCCCUGCCAAGCAAGGAGCCCAAUGUGGGACUCGAUCCCAGGACGCUGGGAUCAUGACCUGAGCCGAAGGCAGCUGCUUAAUCAACUGAGCCACCCAGGUGUCCCUCCAUAUACAAGUUUUUAUUGGUGGUGGUGGUUAUGGUUUAGCUCUUGAAUAUUUACGUUUUUCUUCAUCUAUGUCUUAAACAUUUAUUAUUAAAUUUAUUCUUAAUUUUUUGUUUGCUUUGUUGCUUUUGUGAAUAUGACCUCUCCCUAC